GGACCGGGGGCGGAACCCGCGGCGGGGUUGCCUUCCCCCGCCCCGCCCCAGUAACACACGCUUCCCUUGCCCGCCAUUAACUGCUCUGCUCCUCUCGCUCCCUCUCAAAUUUCAAGAGCCUCCCUCCCUCCCUCACGCACUCCACCACGCCACCUCCCAAUCUCUCCCUCUCUACAAACUCUCGUCUCUAUCCAUCUGCCCUCCGCUUCGCAGCUCGCGCCCUCCUCCCCCAAAACCCUAGCCCCGGCUCCAACACCCAGGCCCCAGCGCCCAGCAUGGCGCUGCGGAUCGCGCGGCGCCCUCCGGUGACCGCGACGCGAGCGGCCUGGUCUGGGCUGGUUUGAUCCGAUUGCUGGAUCGGGUCCUUGCUGCUCCUUCGUUCCGGUGGCGUGACGCGCGGAUGGGGAACUGCUGGGGCGCGCGGAUCAAGGAUGGGAGCCCUCAACCUGGCGCCUCAGGAAUGUUCUCAAAGAGUGGUGGUAAAGAUGGGAGUAGGCUUAGUGGCUGUAGUAGUCGAGCCUCUUCGGCCUCCAUGCCUCCAAAUGUGAAGACUGAAUGCGAAAUCCUGCAAUCCGCCAAUGUUAAGAUCUUCAGCUUUAACAAUCUCAAGGCAGCCACAAGGAACUUCCGUCCUGAUAGUGUGCUAGGUGAAGGAGGGUUUGGAUCUGUCUAUAAAGGAUGGAUCGAUGAGAAUACGUUAUCACCUUGCAGGCCUGGUACUGGAAUUUCUGUUGCUGUGAAAAGACUCAACCAGGAGGGUUUACAGGGGCACCGAGAGUGGUUGGCGGAAGUUAAUUACCUAGGUCAGUUCUGUCAUCCCAACCUUGUCAAGCUAAUUGGGUACUGCUUAGAGGAUGAGCACCAACUGCUAGUGUACGAGUUCAUGCCCCGUGGGAGCUUGGAAAACCAUCUGUUUAGGAGAGGCUCAUACUUUCAACCUCUUUCAUGGAACCUUAGAAUGAAGGUUGCACUUGGAGCUGCAAAAGGACUAGCUUACCUUCAUAGCGCAGAGGCAAAAGUCAUUUACCGAGAUUUUAAGACUUCCAACAUUCUUCUUGAUACAGACUAUUCUGCGAAACUUUCUGAUUUUGGACUGGCAAAGGAUGGUCCUGUUGGUGACAAGAGCCAUGUGUCCACAAGGGUAAUGGGAACAUAUGGUUAUGCAGCUCCUGAAUAUCUUUCAACAGGUCACCUAACCGUAAAGAGCGAUAUCUAUAGCUUUGGAGUAGUGCUUCUGGAGAUGCUGUCUGGUCGCCGUUCCAUUGACAAAAACCAGCCCCAGGGGGAGCACAAUCUUGUGGAAUGGGCUCAGCCUUUUCUCUCACAUAAGCGCAAGAUAUUCCGUGUCCUGGAUAACAGGCUAGAAGGUCAAUACUCUCUCAGUGGGGCGCAGACCAUUGCCGCCCUUGCUCUUGAGUGCCUAUCCUUUGAUGCAAAGAUGAGGCCUUCGAUGGACGCUGUGGUCACUAUCCUAGAAGAGCUUCAAGACUCAAAGAAGCACCAAGAAUCCAAGGGUGCAAUCAAACAGGCACCUGCUGUAAGUGCUAGCAGGAGCAGUCGUAAGCCUCGCUGAAAAAGCUUGGGAGGGACGAAAGAGACUUGCCCGAAUCCAAGACCACUGAUUCAUCCUCGUUAGUAGCAUGAUUUGAUCAGCUGGUUAGCUAGCUUUUAGCUUGUGAAUAUGCUGUGUAUAUUGAGGGUAAUCAGGCUUUUGGCAACAAGUCUGUUCUUCUUUAUCAUGGGCUGUUCAGUUUCAGCUGACUAUGGAUGGAUUUGUAUGUCGAAACUCGUGACAUCAAGGGAGAGAUCAUGUUCCAAAUCUUUGUUUCAA